AUGCCGCCAGAAAGCGACACUAUACGAGUUAAUACUCAAGAAAAUAGACAGGAAAGCCUAGGUCUAGAGGCUCAAAUCGACAGAGAAAUGGACGUAGAGUCCCCACCAGCCACGCCCACCCAACCAGCCAGCCAAGCUAGCUUAUUUGAGCUGCCAAUACUACCACCAAACAAACGGCAAGCCAACUUCUCACCAGAAAUAUCCCAGCCAGCCCGAAACCUAUUCCCAAGCCAAAGCAAUCAAAAGCCAACAGCUAAGAACGCGCAACAAGCAAUUCAGUGGGCUAGAGACCUUAUACUCCAGGCCUCUAUAAUGGCAGAUUCCCACGUAGCUCAAAAUAAGCUACUAGAGCUACUCGACGUCUUUAGAGACUAUACUGAAACAGGCAGAGUAGCCAACCAAUUCACAGAAAAGCUAUCUGCCAAGCUAGCUUACCACUCAGCUACUCUAGCAAGCGCCUCACAACAGGCAACAAAAACGCUUAAGCAAGCUACAACAGCAGCUUCUAAAGCUCAGCCAACAGCCCAGCUAGCUCAAAAGCCAGCCCCAACCUCGUACGCUGCAAUUGCAGCAAAUAACUCAAACCAAGCCUGGACAACAGUACAGCCAAAGAAGAAGCCAGCAAAAACGACAAAACCAGCGCCCUACUACCAGAUGCUACUAACACUAGCAGAAGGCCAACUAGCUAGCCCACUACUAGUUAGAAACAAAAUCAACCAAGCCUUUCAAAAAGCUGGCAUUAAAGGCCCAGUAGUUAAA